AUGCCGUCGCCGGACGCGGCGGCGAGGCACACGGGCGACGACGUGGCGCGUCGGCAGGCCCACCACGAGCGGAUGCGCGACGAGCGCGCUCGGGAAGCGGCCGCGGGCGACGCGGAGCUUCCGCCGGAGGACGACGCGGUCGAGAUGGCGAGCGCCGCCCAGCUGCUGGACAGCGUGGCGGAGGUGGGCCCGAACUACACCCUGCUGCGCAGCAAGGAGACGAAGGCGAAGCGGCGGAAUACCGCGGGAUAUAUGGGCUAUGGGACAAAAGCGUCGAAAAUGUCCCAAAAAUUAGAGGUUUUUUGCUAA